ACGUUUAGUUUAGUGACAAAAAGGCACAAUUUGUAAGCGUAAAGUUUUUUUCUCCAUUUCAAACAAAUAAAUUAUUUUAUUUAUCGAAAAUGACUUCUAAAAGUGAAAAAGAUAGGGCAAAACAAAUACAGGACCGAUGUCAAAAUAUUUUAUUGCAAAUGUUAAAAGACGAGGACAAUAAGUAUUGUGUUGAUUGUGACGCCAAGGGACCACGCUGGGCUUCAUGGAACCUGGGUAUAUUCCUAUGCAUCCGAUGCGCCGGUAUACAUCGGAAUCUCGGUGUUCAUAUCUCCAAAGUGAAGAGUGUCAAUUUGGAUACCUGGACUCCAGAGCAAGUGGUAUCGCUGCAGCAGAUGGGUAACUCCCGCGCCAGGGCGGUGUAUGAAGCGAACCUUCCCGACUCUUACCGCCGCCCGCAGAAGGACAACGCCCUGGAGCAGUUCAUUCGCGCCAAGUACGAGCAGAAGAAGUACAUCGCCAAGGAGUGGGUGCCGCCCACCCUGCCCAAAGUGAACUGGGAUAAGGAAAUUGAUGAGGAGUUAGAGCGGCAGAAACGAAAAAAGAAAGCCAGCACCUCAUCUCUUGGCCCCCUGCCGGCUCCUAAUGUUGAUAAAAAGUACAAUAAAUCGGAUGUUAUACCAAGUAUACCAAAACCAAAAUCAUCAGUCAGCCCCAAAUUAGGUCGUAGCACACCAACGAAUCAGACAGAACCAACCAAAGUGUCCAACGGUUCAGCGGACCUGCUCGGCUUAGACAUGAAACCGGAAACAAAAUCAACCAACAAUGACGACAUAUUCUCAACCUUUUUCUCAGCACCAAAUAAAGUUGAACCUCAACUGGAACAAAAGAAUGAUUUAAAAGCAGAAGAGGAGAACUUCUUCAAGCAGCCGGUGCCAACUGAGAAAGAGAAAUCAAAGCUGACAAAAGACAGUAUAUUGGCUUUGUACAGUCAAACACCAUUAGUUAAUCAAUUUAACCCUAACCCACCCCAGCAGUUUCCUAUUGGUACGGCAUACCCAGGGUAUAAUAUUGCAUCGAACGGAAUGCAACCAACCCAAGCUAAUCAAUUCCAGCCGAUGAGUGGGCAGUAUCAACAGUUCCAAUCUGCCGGUCAACCGAUACAGAACCCACAGUUCCAGAGUCAAUUCUUUAAUCAGCCCCAACCACCUUUAGCCCAGCAACUCGGUAAUCUUAACCUAGGUCAAACGUUUCCAGUGUUCUCACAGCCUAAUAGCAAUGUUGCCAGUAAUUCUACAUGGCAGUAGUAUCGUAUCAUAGUGUUUGUUGGUGACAUCCCAAUUCCGUAUGGGAUUGUCGGUUGAAUGUGAUUUGUGUUUUAGGUAUAUAUAGAAUAAUAUACAUACAGAGUGGAUAAAUAAGGUGAAGAAUUAUAUUUUAUAGAUAAUUGAAUAUUACUGAAAUAAAUUCACAUCAUAGAUUAGACAAUUUAUAAGUCUAGAUAGCUCUUGCUGCUAGACAACCGAUGAAAACAGGACAGGUUUAAUACUUUAGCCUUGUGUGUGACAAGCUACGUCUAACACUCGCGACUUGCAUUGCUCAAAAUAGAGGUUAACUGUCAACCACGAUUUUUUUUGACACUGACACAAAGUGACAUACAAGUCGUGUAAGAGGUAGCUUGUCACGCACACUAAGGUAAUAAACCUGGCCUGUGUUCCGCGGUUGUCUAGCAGCAAGAGUUAGUUCUACAUAUACUACCUACAUUCUAUCAGUGGGAGGCUCCUUUGCACAGGAUGCCGGCUUGAUUAUGGGUACCACAACGGCGCCUAUUUAUGCCGCGAAGCAGUAAUGUGUAAAUAUUAUUGUCUUUCGCUUUGAAGGGCGCCGUAGCUAGUGAAAUUACUGGGCAAAUAAGAUUGAACAUCUAAUGUCUCAAGGUGAUGAUCGCAAUUGUAGUGCCGCUCAGAAUUUUUGGGGUUUUCAAGAAUCCUGAGCGGCACUUCAUUGUAAUGGGCAGGCCGUAUCAAUUACCAUCAGCUGAACGUCCUGCUCGUCUCGUCCCAUUUUUUUUUUCAUAAAAAAUAAAACACAUACAGUUAGUUCUACUGCUAUUAAAAUCAAUAUAUAACUUUCCUUGUUUAGCCAUUCUGUAACAAUACGAUAGCUUAGAAUGGUGCGCGUGUUGAAAAUCAAGUUUAAUUUAUUAAAAGUAUUUUGUACGCACGAUUCGGUACAGUUAAUAAAUAUGUAUGUAUGUUAGUAUGAAGCAAAAUUUUUAAAGAAUUAUGACAAUAGUAUAUUAAUUACUCGGAUAGAUUGAAACAAAUACGGAUAUGUACUGGAGUUAGCCACUGACAGUUUGUGUGAAAUAAAUUUAUUUUGUAUUACCUCGCUUAUAAGGUUGUUUAAGUUUCAUAUUAUACAAAGCCGCGCAAUGCGGUUUUCAAGGAACUUUCUUCUAUUGGCAACCAAACUGUUAAACAAGAUUCCUACCGCGCUAUUCAUAUUAAAUCAUAAUUCCUUAUAUUUUGAUUCAAACAUGGGAAAUAAAUUAUAUAUUAAAAUGGCACACAAAUUAUUUAUAUGUCGUGCAUGCUUCGCCAAUUCGUUUAUUAUUUAUAAAUUUAACUUACACAAAUUUUAAAGAUAUUUGAGGGAAUUUUUAUUCGGGGUAUUUUUGACAUACAAUAACAAUAUAUUUCGAGUUUUUGUCUAUGCUGUUGAUCCUACCAAUAUCAGCGACCGUUUGAACCUUUUGGGGCAGUUGUGCCUAUUGUAAUGUAGUAAACUUAAUAUUAAAAUCAUAAAAAAAGCUAAUAUCAUAUCAUUAUUUUUUUCGUCUUUCUUAUCGUUAAAACUCUACAAAUAUCCCACGAAACUUCUAAUAAUUUAAUAUCAUAUCGAUUAUAUUGCAAUGAAAUAAAAGUCCGGAUAAUUGGGUAUCGGAUUAUACGGGACUCCUUGCAUUUAUCCAAUAAUAUCCCUUGCAAGAGAUAUAACAUUACAAAAUUAUCUUGCAGUUAUCAUCCAUAACAAACACGCCAUCUGAAACUUGCAAAUAGGGUAUAUAGGUAUAUAUGCAUGUGAUUAACAUCAAUAUUUAUGAUAAUUAAAAUGAAAACUUGUUUCGGUGCGAUGAGCGUUUUACUUUGUGGGCAAACUAAUGAUACGGGGCCGUCACUCUCUGAUGUGUUACGCUCGAAGUCUAGGGUCGACUAGCAGGAGCCCUGGAGGUCUAUUACCAAAAUCAAAAGCCGAAAUUUCGGACCGAAACGAAAGGACGACGAACUUCGAAUUAAAUUCUAUUACUUCGCAUCCGAAUAGUGUGGUCGGAUUUCAUUUCGGAACCAUAGGCAUAACCAUAAAAAGUGAAGUUGUAGUUACGGUCAUAAUAACGUCAAUCAACAAGAAAGUAAAUGUCAAGUGAAUUUGGGAAUGAGGUAAACGAAAGACAAAAUAUCUGAUCGCGAAAUUCGUAUCGAUCUUCGGAUCCGAAAUACUUUCGCUAUAGGAAAAUGUACGAUCUGUUAACCGAAACUUCGUAUUUCGAUUUUGGUAAUAGGGCUCCCGAUGUUUUUGCUUGUCAUGUGGUCUUAAUCAUAAGCUCAUUAUUAAUUUUACGUCGAAAUAUAUGGUAUUUUCUUUUAAUAAGGCGAGUGUUACAAAUUUUAAAUAAAAUAUUUUUUAAAGGAUUAAAAUGUGUAUAACUGUUUUAACCUUAGUUUUUGCGUAAAAGUUAUAUUUUAUUAUUAUUUUAUUUAACCUGUACUUUCAUGGCGUUUUCUAAGGGACUGAAAAAUGCAUGUUUUACGCAAAAACACAGUUACAAUUACACGCGUUUUAAUUCUUUAAAAAGUAUUUUAUUUAAAUAGAAAUAUAUGUUCAUGGAUUCGCGAAUAUAAGACGAAAUGGAACGCGUAUGUCCUUCUAUCUUUGAAUAAUUUAGACGAGGCAACUAGAACUUGAGGUUAUGCUCGUACCGAGACAUUCAUAGUAUCUCCAUGAAGAGAUGGGAUAAAUAUUUAUCGAUAUCGACACACCACCACUUUCUAUAGUCUUGAAGAAAAGAAAUAAUAUUUAUGGUUUAAGUACUCCGAAUCGGAACGUGCGUUAGGUAUUGUUAUAAUUGAAUUUAUUUUUAGUGUUCUACUUUAGCUUUGUAUUAAUAGAGUAUAUUUUUAUAGAUUUUAAAUUGUAUUUUCUUUUUUUUUUAUCACACUUCCACAUUGUUUUAAAUCUAUUUUCUCAUAAUAUAUCAAAAUUUAUUUCCAACUAUAUGUGCAAUAAUUUUAUGGCAUUGGUAUUGAAUUUUGAUACGGUUAAAAUUUCUACACUACUAUGCCUAGGGAUUAAAAUCUUUAAUUGUGUGUAAUUCACGGGGUGUUGCCAUUUUAUUUUUUGUAUCUACCUUCAUUUUUAAAGGCAGAAUGUACUGAGGAAUUCAAUUUCGAAUAAGCUUUGAUCAAGUAGUCUUGCAAGGAGUCCUUUCACUCCUUAGAAAGAGAUAAUGGUACUUUGCGGCCAAUAGGUCUUCAAUCAAUCGAUGUCGAAUUAUUGUCAAUACAACAAAAUUCUGACGACAGGGGCUGAUCUGACCUUUAUAGUCUGGCAACUUGGUGCGCGACCGUUCCACGGGGUGACAGAGGGUCGCGGGGACGGAGUAAUAACGAAGGAGAACACGUGAGACUGUCGUAACUUAACUACCUUCUGACAGCUUAGUACCCCGUCCUAGCCACCGUUUGUCACCCCGUGAGACGAAGUUGUCGGACUAUAGUUCCAAAGAGAUGCAUAAUGUAAAAUUGCUUCGAAAUAGUUAUCGUGAAUUUGAGUCGAGCAAUGCUAUGUCUAUUAUUUUGUUUGUUUGAGAAAGACUAUAGUUCUUUCCAUUCCAUGUCUGUCAUUACAUUUUCGGAUAUGCUCCUGUCAAAAUAUGUGGUCUAGCUCCACGAUAUGCCACGAUCUAGCUUAAACCAGAUGGGAUCAGAACCAGGGAAACUUUUUCGUACAUUCAUUUGGUAUGUUAGAAUUAUACAUAAUUUAAGACUGGAUCUAUUUCAAAUGAAUUGUUUUUCUAAACUCGAUUGUAGCAAUAGUAGCCCUAGAGCCAUGUUUGCGAGCGUAUUUUUAACGUACACCAUUCAUUGCUUUUUGAACAUUGAUUCGCUCAUCGUAAAUGGAAACCGCAAUGUAUUGCAAACAUCGCGAAGAGUUCAUUAUUAUUUAAAGCACCUCUAGAAUAGUGGUUUUUGUAUGUAUUGUGAUUGUUUAGAAUUAUUUAUAAUAUAGAUUAUUAUUUUUGCUAUUAUUAAUGAAUUGUUAAUUUUGCUAUUUACAACUACAAGCAUUGAGGCUCCAUUGAGACUUAACAUAAAAUUUAAACUUUAUUUUAAUUGUGUUUUAUAUCGCUUGUGAUUUGCCGAAAUUAUAUCGAAUUUUCAGUAUGAUUAAUUUGUUGUGGUGCAUUUUUAUUUAUAUAAAUAAUUGUGAAGGCGAUGUCCAAUAUUUUAACUGUGAAAGUGCAAAGACUAAAGAGACAAAUACGUCAGAGAGACUUGGCUUCAGCAUAAACAAAUAUAAUUUUUUAAUAAAAAAAAUGUAAAAAGUUGCAAUAAUAAGACCUUGAAUUUUACUAGAAACAAAUCACCUCGCCGGUAGAGGUAGCAGUAUCGUAUCUGCAAACACACUUGCAGAACGUCUAAAUUGUAAAAUAUUUUAUUUUCAUAUGACUACUCAUUUUGCUACUACGAUUGUACAUAAUAGGAAAUGGAUUAUUAUGUGUGUGAGUGUUAUAUUGUAAAUUAUAUUAACGAUAUAAUACGUAGUUCCUAUGUUAUCACUGUACUCAUUGUUAUUUCAAAAUUAAAAAAAAAACUUCUAGGGUACUAAUAUCUUAUAGCAAUAAAUAAUCGUUGAUAAAUUAUUAUUUUUGCACUUUUCACAGCACUACGAUCUCAUUUGAUUAUCCCAUUUUUGUAAGGUCGUUGUUUCAUCUUUUAUUGAUGUCUUUAUAAAAAAAAUCACUGCAAAAUCAUAUUUAAUAUUUUCUGGUCGUGAUUUAAAAGUUACUUGUAUUGAUUCUUAAUUUAUGUUAUAUUACAAUGUUCAAUUAAAUCUAUUUUAACUAUAAUGGCAUGUUGUGGCAACGAUUGCUUAAAAUAAAAUAAUACAUAAUAGUAUAUAAA